GAACAGUGAGCGUUGCUAUUAAGAUCCUAUGUGUAUUUCUUUAUUUUUAGAACCACACUACAGCAGGUUAAUAAGAGAAAUAGCAUUUUAAAACGUGACUUUUCAAUCAUGCUCACUUUGCUCACCUCGGUGCACCAAUAUAAACAGUCCGUCGAGCAACGCACAAUAGUUCCGCUUGUGACACUUGGUUUAGAUCCGAUAAGUGACCUUCUCCGCAUCAAGUGACUAUGAUACAGAUAUGUUCAGGUUUCAGAUUAACAAGAUAAAUAUAUAGUAAAUAUCUACGUAUCGACCUUGGCCAUAUACCGCGACAGGCGUUUUUUUCUUCUGUUUUAAACAAACGCAGUAUUAUGGUGGCUACAGCGUCACCCGGUGGUUGGAGGGCGGAAAACUCAACAGCAUAAAACAUGAAAUAGUCUGAAAAAGAAAAGCAAUAUUUCCUCAAAGGUCCUUUCAGAUCCACUUUUUCUCUACAGUAGUCCCAUCUCACUUAACAAUAGAGUAGCUUCACAUCAAAAUAACGUUUUAAAUGUUUGUGAUUUCAAACUUAUAACAGGUUUAUUUUGAAAAAUGGCCCCCUCCCUCUAAAUGCUCCUCCUUCUACAGGCCUGGAACAGACUUGCUGUCGGAUUUCAGCUAAAACUGCUCCCAGUUUUGUUGUUGAGCAUUUGAGCGCCACAUGUCUGUUUUGUCUGAAAACGACUGAAAUUCUUGCCAUGGAGACCAAGCCGUCCCUCUGUCUCCAGACACGGCGACUGAGCUUGAGAGGAAACGAAGGCUUGGUGUCGGGGGGAUCCCUCUGACAAAUGACUCUGUCACGCUGAGAUGAGGGGACAGAAAGUAUUUGGACCACAUGCUUGACACGCCUCAGUCUGCUCAUGUCCUAGAUUGGACUGGAGCCACGAGGGGCAGUUUUGUAACGUCAACUGUCUCUGAAGCAACACGUCAAGCCUCAUGACCUGCUAGUUUGAUGGUCCACGGCCUAUAAAGGUGACUGUAAAUCUUUAUUAUCGUCCCAGGAACGGUGAGGAGAGAGUGGGUUUGAGUUCACAACUCAUACAACAACUGAGAGACACAAGCGUGUCAAGGAUUAAAACACAGAUCCUCUGUCUGUCGAAGCACAGCUUUGAGGAGAGGAGGGGAAAUACGCUUCAAAAAUACGAUAAAAUAACUGGAGAAAUAAAAAAUACUGCUUGUUUGUUUAACAUGAAAAAAUGCUGAAAUAUUAAUAUAAUAACAAAUAUGUUAAAAAUACGAGGACAAUGUUGCAUUUUAGGUCUGAACAUUUUGAGAGAAGACAAAAAUCUCAAUAAAGGCAUAAGAGUCAAACACUGGAAUUCUACACAAAUGGAAAGAACCUCAACAUAAAUAUCAUCUAAAAUUUAAAAAGAUUAAUUAAAAAAAGGAAAUAUCAAGGUUGAUUAAAUUUUUUUUUUUAAUGUUUGAAUGUCUAUUAACCUCUUCAGAAUGCUAAAACUAUUAUUAAAUGAAAGCUCUAAUAGUCAUAAGAUCAUAAAAAUUUGAAUUAUAAAACAAAAUAAAAGCACUAAAAUCGAAUGAAUGUGUCAUAAAUAAUUUCAUAAAUUCAUAUCCAUAAUAAUGAAGAAAAUUGUAAAUCAGCUUGUUUGAAGUAUGUAAUAAAUAUAUAUUAGUUAUUUGUCAUAGUUAUGAAAAAUGUAUUUACAAUAAUAAUCAUAAAAAUCUGUAAGAAAUGAAAAUAUAAUUCAUAAUAAUGAAAUACAUGUGUGUGAACGUCCCGUGAUAAGGUGUGGAUCCACAGAGCCGACUGCAGACUGUGACUCACAGUUUGACCCGAGCGUGUCACGUGACUCAACCUGGACCUUGUUUUCAUUCAGAAGUUCAGAGAGCCACAAUGGGAGACGUGUGUGUGUGGAAGACUUCUGAGCUGCAUGUCCUGUAUCCACUUGACCCUGAGCGACAGGUGGAGAAACGCACCCCCCCUCCCUCCCCCGCACCACCCUCCUCCUCCCUCCACCUCCCUCUGGAUUUUGGAGUCUGUUGCGGAUUGGCCGUCCGCGGCGCUGACGCCGCCGCUGGACCCUUUAAAAGCCCGUCGGUGAGAUAGUCUAUCAAUGAAGUAGUAAAAGGAGGGAACGUCAGCGGCGGAGGAGAGAGGCAGGUCUUGAGACUUGGAGAGCGAGAGCUUGCUUUAGUUUGGUUCCCCUCUUUUACUUACUGAGUUCCGACCAACAUCCAGCAGAAGCAUGAAGUUCAUCAUCGGCAUCGGAGGGUGAGCGCAUGAGUCACAUGACCCCGGGGUCGGAGACAGAGGUGCUGAUUUCCCGCUUCCUUUUCAGAGUGACCAACGGUGGGAAGACCACUUUGACAAAUAGGCUACUUAAGACAUUACCCAACUGUUGUGUUGUGCACCAAGAUGACUUCUUCAAGAAACCCGAUCAGAUAGAAGUCGGGGAGGACGGCUUUAGACAGUGGGAUGUGAUCAGCGCCCUGGACAUGGAGGCCAUGGUGAACACGGUGAGGGGCUGGCAGGAGAACCCCGCCAAGUUCGCCCGCUCGCACGGCGUCGGCCUGUCGCCGGGGGCCGAGGAGCCCGGCAGCGUUCACAUCCUGAUCGUGGAGGGCUUCCUCAUCUACAACUACCAGCCUCUCAUUGACGUCUACGACAAGUGUUUCUACAUUUCACUGCCGUAUGAGGAGUGCAAGCUGAGGAGGAGUACGAGAACCUACACCGUCCCCGACCCCCCCGGUCUGUUCGACGGCCACGUGUGGCCCAUGUACUUGAAGCACAGGAAGGAGAUGGAGAGCUACUGCGACAGGAUAGAGUAUCUGGACGGGAUGAGCUCCAAAGACGACGUCUACACCCGCGCCUUCGACAGCAUCCACAACUCGCUGCUCAACAGCGUAUAGGUGGCGCUCGCUCCCUCACCUGCCGCGAGUCGUGGCGCCCGCUCGGCCUUCUGUGUACAGCCUUGUAAAUAUGAAUCCGCUCCGCUGCUCUCACCAACGAGCUUAAGUGUAAAUAGUUUCCUGUAACUUAUUGAGAACCAACAGCAGAUGUGCUGUCUUUUAUAUGAUCCUCUGUGACCUUGUGUUUUCCUGAACAAUAAGCCCGAGUGUAACAUCCUCUUCCUCUGUGUCGAAAUCAACCGUGCCCAGCUGAUGGAGGGAUUUCUGUCAUCAACUAAA